AUGGCUGUCGUCGUAGCUGAAAACGAAACCACCCAAGGAGCAGCUGCUGCAAGUGAUCAUGAUAAUGCAAGGCCACUACCAGCGGCCAAACUACUAGAUCCCCAGCUGUCGAUGGCUGCUCGCCGCGGCGACAGCGAGCUGCUCAAGGAGCUGCUGCAGCUGAAGAAGGACGAGGAGCAUGCGCAUGGCAUGGCGGAGGCGGCGGCAUCAUCAUCAUCAGAGGUAGUCAUCGUGGACGUCGUCCCUCGGCGUCGUUCUCCUGCUCCUGCUGCUUUGCCGCCGCCGCCACCCACCUCCUCCAGAUUGGCGGCCUUGCCCCCGCCACUUGCUGAUGGGGUGACCUUGGAGGGGGACACUCUGCUGCACGUGGUUGCAGCAUGCGGCGACGGCGAGGACUUCCUCCGCUGCGCCAAGACGAUCGUCCACGAUUACAGGCACAAGGGCGGUGCUGCUGCGGCGUGCCUAGCACUGGAAGCGCGCAACCGCAAGGGUGACACGCCCUUGCACUGUGCCGCAGCUGCCGGGAACGCCAACAUGAUCUCUUGCCUCGUCGAUCUGCUGGCCAACGCUGCCGACGAGGCGGCGGUGAAGGCGUUCCUGGAAAUGCAGAACAAUUGUGGGGAAACCGCCUUGCACCAGGCGGUCCACGCUGCUAAGAACAAGGAGGCGUGCAUCGACCAUCUCAUGGACGUGGAUUCAGAGCUAGCCUGCAUUCCACGUGAGGAUGGUGCUUCCCCAUUAUACUUGGCCAUCUCAGUGGGUGAACUGGAGAUUGCACGUCAUCUGUAUGGCAAGAGUAGAGGCAAGCUGUCGUACUCCGGACCAGACGGACGAAACGUCUUGCACGCAGCUGUUUCUCUAGGGCAACAAGCGCUGCCUAUGGUUUUGGAAUGGCUCAAGCAAGCGAAGAAGAAGAGUUGUUGUAGUUCAUCGGCAACGGCAGCAGAUACUCUCCUGUCGCAGCUGACUAGCGAGAGGGACAAAAGGACCGGGAGCAGCCCUCUUCACUUGGCUGCAUCGCAGGGUGGGUGGAACUCGGCAGUGCUCGUUUCCACACGUUUCGGACGACGACUUUGGCAGCCGCUGUCGACAAAUGUCGCCGGUGAAAAGAUGAUGAUGCUACUAGUAGACGCUAACGUGUCGACGGUGUACCAGCCGGACAAGCUGGAAGCAGGGCUGUACCCGAUACACGUCGCCGCCUCGGCCGGCAGCUGGAGGAACGUAUCGGCGCUGCUCAAGAGGUGUCCGGACUGCGCCACGCUGCGAGAUGCGCAGGGAAGAACUUUCCUCCAUGCCGCUGCUGACAAAGGGAGGUGGUUCGUGGUUCAUGAUGUCUGCCAUGACCCAGGCUUGUCUUGGAUACUGAAUGUGCAGGACAACAACGGGGACACUGCGCUACACCUCGCUGUCCGCGCCGAGAGGGUUGCGGUGUGCAGCCGUCUGAUUCGGAAUGAUCACGUACGCUUGGAUGUACUGAAUAAUGAGGGCGCCAGGCCUAUAGAUCUUACAUGGAGCAAGAUGCCUUCCAACAUUUACUAUGCAUGGGAUCCAUGCACACGCAUCCGGAAAUUACUACUACAAACGGGAGCUCCGUAUGGUGAGCUUCGGGCCGACCUCUUGUAUGAGAAUGUCCGCCCCAAGGGAGACGACGAGAGCAAGGUCUCGGAGAAUCUAACAAAUGCAGCGCAAGUCCUGGGCAUUGUCUCCGUCCUCGUUACCACCGUGACAUUCGCAUCGGCUUUUACAUUGCCUGGAGGCUACCGGUCAGACGGCGGCGGCGGCAACGACGCCGGUGGUGUCGCCGGCACGCCGGUGCUUGCUGGAAGCUACGCUUUCGAUGCGUUUAUCCUCUCCAUUGUCCUGGCGUUUAUCUGCUCUUUUACAGCUACCGUCGUCCUGGUCUUCGCCGGCGUGCCUGCCGGGAACCUCUCCAGCCGCUUCAGCAGCAUCAACAUUGCGUACAGCAUGAUGAUGAAUUCUGGCAGGAGCUUGAUGGCCGCGUUUGCCCUGGGGAUCUACGUCGUGCUGUUCCCAGUUGCUCGCACGCUUCCCAUCCUUGUCCCUAUUAUUAUUGCUGCAACUAUGCCCAUGGGGAUAUCUGAUGGCAUCCUGGAUUCUAUGGCGCCCUCUUUUAUAGUUGCAAGAAGCCAGAAACGGUCGACACUGGAGGCUCUGCUUGGCUGGAUUCUUUAUGUUUUGGAGCAUUAUUGGUCCUUCUUACUCAUCUUCGGUGUCCCAGCAGUUCGGAAAUGGGCCAGGUUAAGGUAG